GUAAAGCACGGCUCAGGCAGGUUCCCUGGCCUCACCCGCCCCAUAGCAGUUGGGAUUUACUGCCCAAGGCUGGCGUGAGGACGGGUCCGUAGGUUUCUCGCUGCAGAGGGAGCCAGGCAGGCCGGGGAGCAGAGCGCUGCAGUUCAGCGCAAUUUACCGUGUCUGCCCCCAGGGCAAAUGGUGCAUGGACGGGCCAGGCCGAGCAGGGCGCAGGUGCCCGCGAGGCCCGGGCUGGAGGCGGGGCCGGCAGGUGUUCCUAGAACAGGAGAUCGAAUCACAAAUGUCUUCCAGAAGUGCGUUGUCGCAGCACAGAUCGAGGCAGCAUGGCAGAGCUACACAAUAUGAUGAAGUAUACGUGGAUUCCUCUUUUUUAGAAGAUACAGCAAGUCUGCCUCAAAGUUCACAAAAUGCUGAACUGCUACUGAGUGUGGAUGCCUUGCCAGCACCACCUCUCCCACUGCAACCACCUCUCGGCCCUGAAUUUUACCCAAGUGAUCAAGAAGAACCCCCUGAUCUCAAACCCGUCAGGCGGUUCAUUCCAGACUCCUGGAAGAACUUCUUCAAAGGGAGAAGAAAUAAUCCAGAAUUGGAUAAGCCAGCAUCAGAUAUAAAAUACACUUCUGGUGGAGUUGAGUGUUCUCCACCAGCGUCUCCAGUACAGCAAAGCCACAAGUCAGCUGCUAGUUCUUAUAAAGACCCAUAUGGAGGGUCAGGUGGAAGCUAUAAUUCACGCAAAGAAGCUGAAGCCAUGCUUACCCAAGAUCUUUAUUCCUCCCUAGAACGACAUACUCAAAUGGCUCUAACUUACAGUGAGAAAGUGGAAGCUUAUAAUCUGAGAUACUCCUACAUGAAAUCAUGGGCAGGUUUACUCAGAAUUCUGUGUGUCGUAGAGUUGCUUUUAGGUGCAGCUGUCUUUGCUUGUGUCACAGCCUAUAUACACAAAGAUAAUGAAUGGUACAACAUGUUUGGAUACUCACAGCCGUAUGGUUUUACAGCAAACAGUAUAUAUGGAGGCUAUUAUUAUAGUGGCCCCAAAACCCCUUUUAUACUUGUUGUAGCAGGCUUGGCUUGGUUAGUGACCAUAGCGCUUCUAGUGCUUGGCAUGUCAAUGUACUAUCGAACUAUUCUUCUGGACUCGAAUUGGUGGCCUUUAACUGAAUUUGGAAUUAAUGUUGCAUUAUUCAUUCUGUAUAUGGCUGCUGCGAUAGUCUAUGUGAAUGAUGCUAACCGAGGUGGACUCUGCUAUUACCAAUUAUUUAAAACACCAAUGAAUGCAUCAUUUUGCCGCAUAGAAGGGGGACAGACAGCAGCAAUGAUCUUUUUGUUUGUCACAGUGAUUGUCUAUCUUAUUAGUACAGUUGUUAGCCUAAAGCUAUGGAGACAUGAAGGAGCAAGGAGGCACAGAGAACGAAUGGAACAAGAGAUGAAAACACAAUCUUUUCUACCAAAAAGGAUGUAUGAAAGUGAAGACAGACCAAGAGAGGUCAAUUACAGGCAAUUUAAAUCGGUGGAAAUGAAACCUGAACUACUUAAUGGCCACAUACCAUCAGGGUACAUUCCUAAGCCUAUAGUGAUGCCAGACUACUUAGCGAAAUACCCAGCAAUUCAGACAGACGAUGAGCGAGAUCGCUAUAAAGCUGUGUUUAACGAUCAGUUUGCUGAAUAUAAAGAGCUCUCUGCUGAAGUUCAGGUGGUCCUAAAAAAAUUUGAUGAUUUGGAUGUAUUGGUGAGCAAGCUCUCUCUUCACCCUGGAAACACGCUGGAACAUGACAGAAUUUCAAAAGUUCUGCAAGAAUACAAAAAGAAGAAGAAUGAUCCUACAUUUCUGGAGAAAAAGGAACGUUGUGACUAUCUAAAGAACAAACUUUCUCACAUAAAACAAAGAAUUCAGGACUAUGAUAAAGUUAUGAAUUGGAACACACACAUAUAGUAUCACUCUAACUUUAUGUGGAAGCUACUUAGUAUAUUGAAAGAGAAAUGAUUUUUAAAUAUUCAAAAUUAUCAACUUCCUAAUGUGAAACUGAUUGCUUCCUCAAUCAAUGCCGAUAUGUAGUCUCUUUAAAUCUUGUGCAUUUCUGACCGGUUUUGUACGGAAUCAUAUUUUAAAUGCAAUAUAACAAAUAAGUUAACAAGCUGUUUUAUGGCAUCUACACUAAUUGUAUGUUUUAUUAAUAGAUAAAUGCCUAAGUCUGUCCCUUUUUAUGCAGUCAUAGGUAUGGUUAUUUUUACUCAUCUGUUCUCCCUUUCUUUUGUCUCUCUCUUUCCAUGUGUGCACCCUUUCCACCAGAUCUGGUUCUUCUAGAUCUAGUCAAGAAUCUGUGCAGUAGUGCUGUAACAACCUCCGAUAAUGACUUGGUGUAUUUCCUGUAUAGUUAGAGCCCUGCAAAUCUGCAGAUAUCCACUUCAUAUCUGCAGACCAUGUUUGCGGAUCAGAUGCAGGUACAAAAUUUGUAUCUGCAUAGGGCUCUACGUAUCGUAUUGGAAAAAACUGGGCUGUUUUUAUGGCCCUGAUUCAGCAGAGUAUUUAAGCACUUCAGUUCAAAUAAGUGAAACUGUUCAUUCAUGUCCUUACAUGCUCCACAGAAUCAGAGCCACUUGUUAGUCCUUGUCCCCUUUUUUCUCCCCAUUCUGAAGGUGGUUGCUUUCUAUGGGGUGAACCUACAGAUCUCUCAGAAACCACUGAGUGGUGUCUACCUGACAGGAAGGAGAGAAAUGUGGUACAAGCCUCCUUACUGUUUGAUCCUGAAUAUUUAUUUAGUGCUUAUAUCUUUCUUUUCUCAUGCAGAAGUUCUAAAGAAAGCAGUUGAAGUUUUGCCUGAAUAAGGACUGCAGAACAGGUCCUAUAUUAGCAACCAUAGCAUAGCUUAAUUCUGACCUCUGCCUUGCAGAGGUGAGGUAACUUAUUCACAUUCCUAAACCAUAGUAAUAUGGGAAUGAAGAGAUUAUUGAACUCAUGUCCAGUCUUGGCUAGUGCUGCUACGGAACUAGCACUCUCUACAAACCUCCCCUUGGUGACAUAGGUAGAACUGCAUGUGUUAAAUUAAGGGAAGAAAACACCCAGAAGAACAUGACUUUCUUGUUUUGAGAAAACUGGAGAGAGUAGCUGAUGCAGGUAAUUGUAAACACUAGGAGUCGAAUGUACAUAGUAAAUUUUAAACUUAAUUCUCAGUAUAAAACCUCCCAAAAAAGUUAUGGUACAUAAACCAUAAGCAUCUGAUGUAAAUCCAAGUGAAAUGUUUUUCACUGGUGAGACACAAGCCUCCAGAGAUUUAGCGUACCUUUAUACUAAACCUUACAAUGUCGUCUGAAUUUGUAAAUCUGUCUCGUAUCACAGUUGUAAAUAUACUUACAAACUUAUGCAAACAAUGUCAUCUUAUAUGAAUUUUAUCUUUGUAUGAACUUUUUUUUACUAAUUAAAAUACACUAAAAUUGUUAGU